UCCACCGCGCUGGCCGACGCGGCGCACGCCUACGUCUGCGCCGUUCGUAUUUCAAAAUAAAAAAUCAAAACGUCAAAGCAUUCGUUUAUUUUUAAUUUUAAGGAAUGUGAUUGGUGAACGUUGGAAAAAUAUUAUGUGCCAUAAAGUGUAGUGUUUUAAAAUGGGUUUCGGGAAAUUGUUUUUGGUGUUCGUUUUUGUGAAAUGUGUUUAUGGUCAAGAGCAGGCCUGCUACGGUGCUGGUAGCGUUGCUGGUGCGGCGAUAGGUGCAUUUAUAGGGGCACUUCUUUUGGUGGCUGCGGCAUAUUAUCUGAGAAAGUUGUACUGGAAAUCGCGCAAAGGAAAGCACCUAGUCUUCUCCACCGACCCUGAAUCAGUAAAAGAUGAGUUCGCUUUUGACAACCCCGGGUUCCGUCAAGACGAGCGCGCGUGGCAACACGCCCCGACGUUACCCUUAAAGGGGUCCACGUUGCAUGCGGAGUUCACCAAACCCGAACAGAGCAAGGACGAUGAACAUAUUCAGCGAGCCAGAGUUCGGCGGGUGAAGCUAUGGGCGCGCGACUUCACCGGUCUCGGGUUCCGGUGCUCGGGCGGCGCUCGGGACGGUGUUCGAGUACAUUCGGUGCUGCGGAGCGGUCCAGCUGCUGCUGCGAAGCUGGAGCCUGGGGACAAAAUCAAAAGCAUCAAGAUAGAGUUCUCUGGAACUCCACUAGAGGACGCUCUGGCGAUCCUGUCUCUGGCCUCUCCCUACCCUGUGGAGUUGGAGGUGGUUGAGGGGGGGAGGGUCAGCGGCGCGGGGCGGGCGGUGCGGCAUCCGCUGCUGAAGAGAGCUGGGUCCACCGGAGAUGUUAGCACGCUCGAGAAAGAAGGCAAGCUCCUCCACCCACCGCAGUCCCCCAAUGCGUCUCACUCCAACAAUUCCACGCUAGAGACCAAACACAAGGGCAUCAAGAAGAUAAUCACAGAAAAGAUAGUCCCGACGACCCUGGAACGAAACAAGAAGGAGAAGAAAGACCUCCCCACAACGCUAGAAAGAGAAAACGAGAAAAACAUUAAACUGAAUAAGAAUAGGCAUUCAGAUGUAGCUCAGACCACUGCUAAACCUGUCGAUUAUAAACCUGAAAGAAACAAGGUAAGGCAUUCAACUGGUGAUGUCAUUAUUCAAGCAGAAAACGGGACGGCUAAUCUAGAACACGCUGAAGUGCAAAAGAGAGAGUAUGAUCCUAAAAGAGGUAUGAAAUUUGGAAUUAGAGUAUUGCCGCCUAAUGUACCGGAUGAUGGUGUUUUAAAACAAAAGAAUGUCGAAAAUGGUGUAGUGGCGCAGAAAGUUGAGAAGAAAACAGUUGAUGAACCAGAUAAACCAGAAUCGCAACGGGCAGCGCCGGCUUCACAUGUUAAACUUGAAAGCGAGACAGAAGUAAAGAAACCUGUAGUUGCUAAAAGGAGAGAAAAAAUGGCACCGCCUAUUCCCAAUGCUAGGGUAAAACCAGAAGAUUUAAAUACAAGUGCUGAUUCUAAGACAUCUGACUAUGCGCCGACUGCUUUUGGUAGAACCGAUCUUAACUCAAGUGGAAUUAAACGGGACGAAAAUGGUAUACCACAAGAAUUACCUCAGCACAUGUUCGAUGCUGCGAAAGCAGCAAGAAGCAACAGGAAGAGUUCAUCAGAACUACUUUACGAAAAGGAUUAUGACAGAAAUGAACACAAGAAAGAUGAAGCUCCAAAACCAAAUAAGAAAUCUAAAGGCAAAGCGCCUUCACCACCUGAAGUUGAGAAAAAUAAAACAGAUGACAGCAUGAUUGAACAACUAAAAAAUGUAAAUGACUUCCUGAAGAGUGAAAAGCAAUUUUCAAGCCUAUUGCAUGAUUCCAUUCUCUCUUCUCCUAACACUACUACAACAUCAUACAAUACCUCGACACCCAAAGCAAUUAAAACCAAACCAGCACCGCAACCUAACGCUGAAGAAUCAAUUAACUUCAGCCAAGAUGACAUCGACGAUAUUGUUCACAGACCAUUCAAACGAGAGAGUGAUUCUCUCAACAAUUACUUCGAAGAUUCCAAAUCUAACCUUUCUUCUAACCAAGACGGCCAUUCGGUUGUAUCUUUAAAUCAUAGCGAAAAAAGCGACAAAGGAUCGACAACUAUUGAGUUAAACAACAGUGAUGUCACGAUCCACAGUUCGCCGCUAGAUGACACUCUCAACUCUGCUUCAGACGACACUUCUAUUCUAGAUGAGAAUGAACGCAAAGCCGCCUCAUUGGGCGACUUAUCGCGAUUCGAAUUGAGAAUCAAAACAAAUAUGCCAUCUACUGGUACAUUAGAAAGAGCGCAAAGCUUAGACAUAUCUGCCGAAGAUGGUGAAAUAAAUGAAACACUGUCCCCUAAAAAGAGGAAAGCUAUGUCCGUUGUAGAAUCAACGUUCUUUGAUUCUGCUACAGAAGAUACACUACCUGAUAUGGACCCAGAGAAAGGAGUGACAAUCAAACACAAGGAGCCUAGACUUAGCUUAAAUAUUGCUAAGGCUUCUGCUAUGGAAGGGCUUAAUACAUUCCAAAGAAACCGCUUGAAGAAGGCUUCUGAAUUUGGCAAUUUGGAAGAUGCUAUUGUCAAAGGUUCCACUAGCUCAGAUGAUUCUGAGAAGAUUGAACAAGAAGGUCAGAAGAAUAUUAAAGAACCCGAAUCACCUCCUCUAGUUGAGAGUGAGCCUCAUGAAACAUCAGAUCAUUUGGCAAGGAGGAUUAUGGACGAAAACAUGAAAGUGCACUUAAAACUUGUAUCAGAAUUCGCGAAAUCUACUUCAGAUGGUAGCAACAUGAGCUCUUUGGAUAGCACUCAUGAUAUGAGUCCUAAAAAAGAAUCACCAGUUAAAUUUGAUGAAAAACACAUUACAUAUGAUACUAACAUUCCAGAUGAUUUGAAAGUAAGUCGCAAUACUUACGUGAACAGUUUAGAACGACCUAAAUCUGAUAUGAUGAAAAAACUAUUAGCGAAAAAUCCAAUUUUGAAUGUACAUAUUGAUCAAAAGAAUGAAGCUGCUACAAGUAAAGAGACUCCCACACCAAUGACUGACGCAUCUAAAUCAGCUAUCAGUCAACAUCAACCAGACAUUGUCAAUUUUAAUUUGAAAGCCGCCGACACGAAAUUAAAAGACUACGAUGAAUUCGUAAGUAACAUCAGAGUCGGAUCUAACAACAGUAUGAAAUUCGAUAAGAAACCUCAAAUGGAAACAUUCUCAAGCGAAUGGACAGAUCCAAGACAGAGCAAUAAUAUGGUUACAAUAACUACGGAAAAAACCCAACCAGUUGAAGAGCAAAGGAAAUCUUAUACUAAAAGCAUAGAAAUUGGAGAACCGAAUAUAAGAUUAAUACCAGAUAUUGUUGAAGGUAUAAAGAGGAAAACUGAAGACCAAGAUGGACGAACAUUGUACAUGGAACCAGCAAACAUGUCAUUGACAAUGACUCAGGAGCCUGUCCAGAAAACUGUAACAGUAAAUGUUGCAGAGGAUGAAUUUGGCAACAAAGUAAUCAGACAAAACAUUGAGAAAGUAUCUACGCAAUACAUAAUGGCUAAAGGAGAUGCUCCUUUGCAGGUGGAACAAGUCACUUUUGGUAUUUCUAAAAAAGGAGACUUAAAUGAGUUAGACUUGGAAGAAGGCGAUGUUGCGGACAUUGACAAGAAUAUAUUAGACGAAAUAAAAAGGCAGAACCCUAACAUGCAUUUCACAAGUGAAGAACCCGCGUACACAAGGACAGAAACUAUUAUUUUAAAUACAGAAUUAGACGAGGAACAAGCUAAAGCAUUGAUGGAAAAAAUAACUAACGACCCUAGUUUCAUGGCACAAAAGACACCAGAAGAACUAUCUAAAUUGGGAAUAAGAAUAAUCAGAGAGUUAGACGACGUGCAAGAUAAAAAAGACGACACAGUUGAAGUGACCAAAACUCGAUACACUAUUAAUCCGGCAGCCAUGUCAGAUUCCCAGAAACAAAGAUUAGAAUGCCCUCAAGAAUUCGAACAGAAGAAAGAUCAUAUAACAGAAAUCCAAGUCGUCACACCAAGAACUGAAAAGCAACAACAGAAAGAAAAAGACAAGGUUUCAAAUAGGCAAAGAGUGCCUCCAUCCGAACCCCCACUUUCCUACGAGCUGGACCCUGAAAUGCUAAACGACUUCAUCUCAAACGAACGGCACCAUUCAGCCAGACAAGAACAACGAACGAAAACGACACAAGACGAGCCAAAGAAACGACAUUCCGACUUCGAUUUACCAAGAAAUACCACCAUCAAAUUCAGAACAGCGACGUACGAAUCUCCAAAAGGAACUAUAGUUACAAGCACCGAUCUGGAGAACAGGAGAUUGUCACAAUUCGACCAAAUGCAAUUAAGAUCAGCUGAAGCUGUAAAGCCGGUAAUUUCAGCUAAACCAAGCAGUAUACCGGUGAAAGCAGCUGAAAAACCUAAACCUGUAACGGUGUCUUCCAAGAUUCCUGUUUUCAUGAGUCAGAAAUCGCUAAGUCAGGAGAAUUUAACCGAUAAAACGUUCUCGGUGCCUAGUUCGCCGCCGCCUAAACUGGUCAGUAGCGGUAGUUCUGGCAACAUUUCUGUGACUUCUAUCAAGUCUAGCUCUAGAAGCCCAUGUGGUGGUAAAUAUUUGUAAAAACACAUGUUAAAUACAAAAGUACUGAUACAAAUUCAAUUAUAAAAUACAGUGCACGGAGUACACAACCGCCGCGGACACUCGUGCCUGAGGAAGGAUUACCGACGAAUCCGAAACAUGUCGCCAAAAGCGAUUAAAAACAAUAGUGAGUGAAACCGUACUGAUCUUAAUAUUUUGUAAAAUUCUCUUUUAAUAGUCUUAUUUGGUGUCUCAUCUUUCGUUUAUUUAAUGCUACUUAGCAGUCUGAAACUGAAUUGUUUAGAGGAAGCCUGAAUAGCUAUUUUACGAGUGAUUUACUUACUGCACAAUGUCCGGUAACGUUUCACUUUAAACUGUUUAAUGAAAUAGAACGUCAAAUUAUAAAUUCUUAAUGUCUUUUGUUAUACAAUACUUCGUCACUAUGUGAUACAAUCUUAUUAAAAUUGUCGUAACAUUUUAAACUAAUAAAUACUGUUAUUUAAUUCCACUGUAAACUUUCACAAGCAACUUCAUUAACUUGUAAAUGAUAAUUAGAAUCUGUAUCAGAACUUAUGUAAGUGCAAUUAGAUAAGAGAAAUGUGUAAAAAUCAUCGAAAGAAUACGUAAGUGCCUUAUUUUCGGAUAAAAUUAUGAAUCUUAAUAAUCUUAACAAAAUUUUAAAACAUGUGCCUUUCUAAUUUUACAUUUCUACUAAUGAUCUUAGAGUAUUUUCGAUAUUUUAUGAAUUAAAAAUGUUAAGAAUUAUUUACGGUUGUGAGCGCAAUUUUAAUGUUCGUAAUAGUGUUAAGGACCUGUCACAAUUAAAUAAAAAAAAAACAGUUUAAUUAAAACACAUUCCAAGUACCUAAUAUCAAAUUCAUUGAGAUUAUAAUUUAUUAUUCUAUUGUUUUGACAUUCCGUCCGCAGUUUUUACCACAAUAUUGUAAACUGUAGAUUUAUCAUUAUAUUGAAAUGUGCAAGCAUUUCAAGGCCAUUUUAUAGAAUAGUUAGCGUUAUUUAUUAUUAAUAUUAUUUUUAAACAUGACGGCGGCUCGCCAAGGUCGCCUUUUUAUCCAGAAAUCGGACAUUUAUUAUUAUAUGAAGUGACCCAAAGGAUAAAAUAUACAAAGAUUUCAUUUCUUAAUGGCAAUAGUUUAUCCAUUAUUAAAAUUUGACAUUUCCAGUAGUUCAAAAUAAGUAAAUGAAUUAAGUAAGUUUUGAAUUAUUUUAUUUGACAAGUCUGGUCAGAAGUAAUGUCUUCCAUUUCCGAUAGAUGUCGCUACGGCCUUUAUUUCAAGAUUCAUUAUUGAGAUGUUGGAAAAGAAAUUAUGAGAAUAAUCAUAAUUAUUAUUAUAAUCUUUUCAAUAAAUAAGCUGAAUAAAAGCACAAAUUAUUUCGUAAGCUACGAAACUACAUUAAAAAGUUAAACACGCUUAUGUAAUUGGUGCAGUUAUCAUUUGAUCGCCAACGCGUAUCUAAAAUUCACUUUUACACGACCUUUUUUAUGUAAAUACUGACCAGACCGCGUUUAAGUAACAGUUAGAAGAAAUGUAUUAUUUUGUUAUAAUAAAGGAAUAGUUUUUUGUUGUUGGUUAAGUCUGUACGAGCGAUGUAUUUACCUACAAAUUAACAAGUUAUUAUGCAGUUAUACAAUUAGUAUUUUAUUGAUGUAUUAUAAAUGAAAUAAAGACAAUUUUAAAAUGUU